AUGAAACAUGAUAACCUGCUACUGCAUAACCUGCCCCAACACUGCCAAGCAAAUGAGGAACCUGAAGUCCUAUCAAGAACCUUCAAUUUGAAUGUAGUACUAACUCCAUUUCAAAUUCCUUGCUGUCCGACUGUCUCAAAACACAGCUAUAAAGAGCUCAGAAAAUUCCUCCACUGCUGCAAGCUUCCCAGAAGAGCACAGAAGAAGCAUGGAGGACUUGCUCUAGGUGUACUGCCAGAAGACAACUGAGCAAGGGAAAAGUCGCCAUAUACAUUUGUUAAUGGAUGUACACCUUAUGGUAGUGGAGAAGACUCUCAGCCAAUAUCAUUGUGCCUGCCAUUUUCCUCCUCUCACCCCUACCCUACGCACAUUUCUAGGUACACCAUGUUCCCAAACUUCAGAUCACCUGAGGGUUGAGACACUGGGAUCAAUUCAAGCAGUCAUCAACCUUUCCAUCCCACUAUCUCUAGCAAGACUUUUGACAUGGCUGUUCUGAGGAAGACCAGAGAUAACCCAGACUACAGUCGGCUUUCCAAAUUUGUUGAAGAAAAUGGUCAAAUAUAUUUUUCAAAUCCACCAAAGACAGUGGUACCCAGCUCCAUUUUAAAAGCUCAAAUAGAUCUCCAUUUUAAGGAGCUCAAAUGUAACUUUUCUCCAAGAAUAACCAACAUGCUACAAAACACUGAAAGGGCUCUGGCGAUCACAACACACAGUCAGGUCUUCACAGGGCAAAAGAUUUCUGCUGGUCUGUCACAAGUGACACCUCCUGAAGAGUGCACUGCAUGCUUACUUCAAGGUGAACAUCCCCAUGAAUCAAUUCUGCAAAAACAGUACUCCUUCAGAUGCCUUCACCAGUACUCAGCAUUCCCACUGUUGUCACCAGCUACUAAGAGGUGGCAUCUUUCAGGAAGGCCCAAAUUUGAACCCCUUCCAAAAUUUGCACUUUCCUACGAAGACUUCAAGCCCAGAUAUUUGGACCAUACAAUAUUGGAAAACCCAGGUAGCCUAAAUGCCAAGCUUCCACUGGAUGUCAAGCAUGAAGAAAGUGGAAUUUUGUUGCACAGACUUUGCCAUCAAGAAACAUGUCUGCCUGUAUAGAAACCUGAGGAUGGGCCAAGAGAGAUAACACUGCCUGAAUGGAUCCCCAGCUGUGAUGUUCCUCAGAUCCAGACAGUUCCUACGGAGCUGCAACAUUCCUUCUCUAUGACAGCAGCACAAAAACAUUUAUAUGAUUCCGUAAAAGGAGAGGAAAAAAAUCUUUCAGACAAUGUUCAAGGACAUUUAUUACACCUCUAUUAUUUUAAGCUUUCCAGUAAACUGUGGCAGACUCCACAACAGCAUGAGAUUAACUCUAAAGUUUAA